AUGGAUGGGCUUUCGGACGAGGAGCGAGCACACAUAGAGGCAGUAAUGGCGAUGGCGGAGCGAGAUCAAGCCCCAUCUGCACUAUCACCAGGACCCCCACGAAAGGAAAUGGAGAUACCACCUGGAUUAGAAGAUCUUUCCGAAGAGGAACGACAGCAGAUCUUAGCCGUGAUGGCAGCAGCUGAGGCUGAGUCCGUAGCUCCACCAUCUCCACAGAUUCGUCGCAGCGGCAGUGCGAUGGCCGUGGGACCGUCAUCAUCGACUUUUCCUGUUCGAGAUAUGAUGCCAGAACGAUCCAGAAGUGCUAUGGACAGACCUGUAGAGCCAAAAAUCAGGUUUGCACCCAUUGCCAAUAAGCUUUUUUGA